GUAUACGUACAAUAUUGCUCAAUAUCAUGGAUUUCACAAUGACGGUUCUAUCUGUAUUUACCGCUUUCGGUGCCCUCGCGAUCUUAUACGUCUUUAUCAAAGUUUGCCACGUCCUCUACAUAUUCUGCCACCCUUCCACCCUUCCAAAAUACCUAGAUAAAACUAAAGGCUCGUAUGCGCUAGUCACGGGCUCCACGGAAGGGAUAGGGACUGCCUUUGCCAGAGAGCUCUGCAAAUAUGGCUUCAACAUCGUUCUUCACGGCAGAAACCCGGAGAAACUAUCGCGUAUCGAGAAUAAUCUCAAGCAUGAAUUCCCGCACACCAAAUUCCGACAAUUCAUCUUCGACGCCUCCCAGCCCACCGAAUCUCUCGAAAAAGUUGUUGACAGAAUGUUCAAUGAUAUCCCCCUCACAGUCCUCGUGAACAACGUAGGUGGAACAGCUGGUCAGACACGUUCGCAGUUCAUGACUUUGAAGGACCAUACGAAUGAAGAGGUAGACCGCGUCAUUAACGUAAACAUGCGCUUCAUGACGCAGUUGACGCGUGUGCUCCUUCCACAUCUCGAGCGCAACUCGCCAGCACUCAUCAUAAACAUCUCAUCCGUAUCCUCUAUCGGCAUGCCGUAUUUGACCAUCUAUGCCGCCACUAAGGCGUACAUCCAGUCGUUCACUAACGGGUUGAAUAUGGAAAUGAAGGCUGAGGGCAAACACAUCGACGUGAUGUCCAUGGUCGUCGCGAGCACGCAGACGGCUGGAAACCCUCGGAGGCUCAGUUUCUUCGUUCCGACGGCGGAUAAAAUUGCGAGGUCCUCUCUAGCGCGAGUUGGCUGUGGGGGGGUGUCAGUAACCCCAUACUGGCGACACUGGCUCCAGAAAUUGACGGUUGAUAUUCUCCCUGAGAAAAUGGUGCAGUGGUUGGUCGUUUACAAUAUUGAGCCUCUCAAGGGGGAGUCUGAUCAAGAACUCGAGUGGAGUAAAGGAACAGCACAGAAACCACCCAAGGGAGGUGGCUAAUUUCUUUUCCCAAAGAAAUUUCUCUGGGGUAGCUUGAGCACACAAUACGAUUAGUGUAGCAACUAAGCUAU